AUGGAGGUCAGGGGGCUGGGGCAGCUCCUGGCGGCGCUGGCCGCGGCGUUCUUCGUCCGCGCCAUCGCGGGACCCGGCCCCGCCCUCCUUCCGCCGGCGGAGGACGACGCGGAGGCCGGCGAGGGAGGUGGCGGUGGCGUGCCGCCCGUGACCAUCCGGUGGGCCCGCAUCACCUGCGCGUUGAAGAACAAGCGCGGGGAAGUGGCAAGGUUUCUGCUGUCAAAUGUGUCAGGGGAGGCGAAACCGGGGAGGCUGUUAGCACUCAUGGGACCAUCGGGCUCUGGCAAAACAACUCUGCUCAAUGUGCUAGCACGGCAGCUCACGGCAUCGUCUUCCUUGCACCUUUCCGGGUUUCUGUAUGUCAACGGUCAGACUAUCUCGAAGGGCGGAUAUAAAAGAGCUAAUGACUACUUUCUUGCGCAGGAUUGCUUUUGUGAGGCAGGAAGACCUGUUCUUCUCACAGCUUACGGUAAAAAGCGGGAGGCGCUGUCACUUGCUGCUGAGCUCCAGCUUCCUGACUUGUGGGCUCCUGAGAGGAAGGAGAGAUAUGUCAAUGAUCUUUUGUUUCGUCUGGGGUUGGUCAAUUGUGCUGAUUCUAUUGUUGGUGAUGCAAAAGUUCGUGGAAUAAGUGGGGGUGAGAAGAAGCGCCUCUCGCUUGCAUGUGAAUUGAUUGCUAGCCCUUCAGUGAUCUUUGCGGACGAACCAACAACAGGCCUUGAUGCCUUCCAAGCUGAGAAGGUCAUGGAGACUCUUCGUCAACUUGCUGAGGAUGGGCACACUGUUAUCUGUUCGAUACACCAGCCAAGAGGUUCAGUCUAUGGCAAAUUUGAUGACAUCGUACUACUGUCAGAUGGAGAUAUUGUAUACAUGGGGCCUGCAAAAGAAGAACCUCUAACAUACUUCGCAUCAUUAGGGUAUCAGUGUCCAGAUCAUAUGAACCCUGCUGAGUUCUUGGCUGAUCUCAUUUCCACUGAUUAUGGCUCAACUGAAAGUGUACACUCAUCACAGAAAAGGAUUGAGAACCUCAUUGAGGCGUUUUCUAACAAAGCUCUGCUCACUGAAGGUAACAGUUUAAUUACAACUCCAAACAAUCCUGAAUUGUCUGUCAAACUUGCUUUUCGUGAUGGACCAACAAACAAAGUGAGAGCACGAAUGUCUGUUGCUUCAGCAGUUAUAUUUGGAUCUGUGUUCUGGCGAAUGGGAAAAUCUCAAACAUCCAUACAAGACAGGAUGGGACUACUUCAGGUGGCUGCCAUAAACACAGCAAUGGCUGCACUGACAAAGACUGUGGGAGUUUUCCCAAAAGAACGGACUAUAGUUGACAGAGAACGAGCAAAAGGUUCCUAUGCACUUGGACCAUAUCUUUCAUCUAAGUUGUUGGCCGAGAUUCCCAUUGGAGCAGCAUUUCCAUUGAUAUUUGGAUCAAUUCUCUAUCCAAUGGCUAAACUUCAUCCAACAUUUUCUAGAUUUGCCAAAUUCUGUGGUAUUGUGACUGUUGAGUCAUUUGCUGCAUCAGCGAUGGGUCUCACUGUUGGAGCAAUGGCUCCUACAACUGAAGCUGCAAUGGCUCUUGGGCCAUCCCUUAUGACAGUGUUUAUUGUAUUUGGAGGAUACUAUGUUAACCCUGACAAUACUCCAGUCAUAUUUCGUUGGAUCCCAAGAAUAUCUCUCAUUAGAUGGGCCUUUCAAGGGCUUUGCAUUAACGAGUUCAAGGGUCUGCAAUUUGAGCAACAACAUUCAUAUGACAUUCAAGCGGGUGAACAGGCCUUGGAAAGGUUUUCAUUGGGAGGAAUUCGAAUCGCAGACACGCUAGUUGCACAGGGUAGGAUUCUGAUGUUCUGGUACUGGUCAACCUACCUUCUUCUGAAGAAAAACAGACCAAAGUAUCAGCCGCUCCUGCCUCCAUUGGAAGAAGAUCAAAAUAAGCAGCAGGUGGAAUAA